CCUCAUACACAAAAUGGACCUCUUCCUCCUCUCUUUUGCAACCUUGCUUGCUAUGAUUAUCAUCAAUUUUUUGUUCAAAUAUUUCUUUGCCAAACCUAAAGAAAAAAUCCCUUUAGCUCCAGGUACUUUUGGUUGGCCUAUUAUUGGAGAAACCAUCCAAUUCCUUAAAGCACUUCACUAUGGAUUGGUGCACGAGUUUGUUAAAGAAAGAACCAAGAAAUACAACUCAAAUGUAUUCAAAACCUCUUUGUUUGGCCAAAAAUUUGCUAUUUUUUCAGGUCCAGCAGCUAACAAAUUCAUAUUCACCAGAGGCAAUAAUCUUCUCAUUGGUUGGAGACCUAAUUCUGUUCAAAAACUUUUCCCUUCUACAUCAUUUGUCCCUAUAGAACAUGACACGAAAAGGGCACAAAAUGUUAUGAGCUAUUUCUUGAACUCACAAAAUGUAGACAAACUCAUUAGUACUAUGGACUCUAUGUCACAUUUACACUUGGAAAAUCAUUGGAAGGGGAAGGAUGAAGUGAUAGUGUAUGAUCUAAUGAAGUUAUUCACUUUCUCCCUUUCUCUUCAAGUAUUUAUGGGCAUCGAAGACUCGGAUAAAAUCUUGAAAUUUUAUGAAAAAUUCAAUGUUUUUACCCAAGGUCUUUUGGUAGUGGACAUCAACUUUCCUGGUACAACAUUUUAUAAGGCAAUGAAAGCUGGGAAUGAAUUAAGGAAAGAAAUGAAGGCUAUUAUUAAAGAAAGAAGAGUUGAAUUCCUAGAGAAUCCAGAUUUGUCAAAAGUUGAUGUGUUAACACAAGUGAUCACUGAACAAGAUGAAAAUGGAAAGUACAUGACAGAGGUUGAAAUGACUGAUAAAGUGUUUGGCUUUAUCAUUGGUAGUUACCAUACUACUUCUACAACUAUUACUUUGACCAUGAAGUACCUUAAAGAGAAGCAUGAGUUCUUCAAUGAAAUAAUGGAAGAGCACAAUGAGAUUUCAAGGAAUAUGAUGCCAAGGAAAGUGCUAUGUUGGGAUGACAUUCAGAAAAUGAAGAAAACUUGGAACUUUGUGAAUGAAGUAUUAAGAGACACACCAGUUCUGCAAGGUACUUUCAGAGAAGUCAUAGAGGACGACAUCACUUAUGAUGGCUUCCUCAUACCAAAAGGAUGGAAGAUAUAUUUGAGUUUUGGAGCUACACAGAAGAAUGGUGAAUACUUUCCAAACCCUACAAAGUUUGAUCCUCGAAGAUUUGAAGGAAAUGGACUAGUUCCUUACACAUCAGUUCCAUUUGGUGGAGGACAUAAAAUGUGCCCUGGAAAAGAGUUUGCAAGAAUAUUGAUUCUUGUUUUCCUUCAUCAUGUACUCAAAAAAUUUAGGUGGGAAGCUAAGGUUCCUUCAGAAAAGAUAUUGUGGCCUUUUUUCCUAGUACCCAUCCCAACAGAUGGAUAUCCUGUUACCCUUUAUAAGGUGUAAGCUUUACACACACACACUGUGUGUGUGAAAGGAUGUAACAAAAAUAGUUAAUGUCCUUGUAGUAGAUGUUUCUUCUUCAUCAAUGAAAAGAAGGAUGUCUUUAUAACUUCAUUUACAAUAACACAAUACGUGCAGUUUGAUUGUAUUUGUCCUAAUACGUGUUUUAUCGUGGACAACA